AUGAGUUCUAAACCAAGGUUUAAGUAUGACAAAAGCAAUAUGCUUAAGGCCAUAGAAGCAGUGAAGUCUGGUAGAAUAAAUCCAUUUAAGGCUUCACAACAGUUUAAUGUACCUCGCUCUACAUUAAAAAAAAUAAUAGAUGGUAAAACCUCUAUAGAUGUAAGAAUGGGCCCACCCCCAACCCUUAACCUAAAGUACGAAGAGUUAUUUGUUAACUGGAUUAUUGCCGUAGCAAAAAGAGGAUUUCCUAUAGUGAAAUAUGAUCUGGUCACCUCGGUUUCAAGACUUGUAAAAGACUUAUAUAUUCCUAACAAUUUAAAAAAUGGUAGGCCAGGUAAAAAAUGGAUGCAAUUAUUUUUAAAACGUCAUCCAGAAGUGGCAGAAGAACCGUCGAAAAACUCACUAAAUCUCGAGCCUUAG